AGAUGCAUAUUUCAGAAGCUGAGCAGUGAGAAGGAAGGAGUGCCGAGGAGGGCAGCAGGGGAAAGUUAGAGGCAGUCAGGGAAAGAGCCGCUGGGACAGUGACGUCUGAGCAGAGAUGGGAAGGAAGCAAAGAAGUGAGCCAGAUGGAAUAUCCGGGGGAGAACAGUCUAGGCGGAAGGAACAGCUUGUGGAAAGGCCUGGAGGGCGGCCCCUCCUGGCCCCUCCCCAGAACGUGACACUGCUCUCGCGAGACUUCAGUGUGUACCUGACGUGGCUCCCAGGGCCUGGCAACCCCCAAAACGUGACCUAUUUUGUGGCCUAUCAAAGCUUUGCACCCCCCAGAAGGUGGCGGAGAGUGAAAAAGUGUGCAGGAACCAAAGAACUGGUGUGUUCUCUGAUGUGCCUGGAGAAGCAAGACCUGUGCAACAAGUUCAAGGGGCGUGUGCAAGCAGUUUCACACGGCGCCAAGUCCCCCUGGGUAGAGUCCAAGUCCAUGGAUUACUUCUUUGAAGUGGAGCCAGCCCCGCCUGUCCUGGUGUUCAACCAGACAGAGGAGAUCCUGAUUGUCAAUGCUACGUACCAGCUGCCGCCUUGUGUGCCCCAACCAGAUCUGAACUAUGAGGUGGAUUUCUGGAAGGAGGGGACUAAGAACAAGACCCAGUUUCCAGCCACUCCCCAUGGUCAGCCAGUCCAGAUUCCCCUCCAGCCAGACACCAGCGGGUACCACUGCCUCAGCGCCAGAACCAUCUACACCUUUGGCAAUCCUAAAUACAGCGAGUUCUCCGAGCCCGCCUGCUUCUUCCUGGAAGCCCCGGGAUCCAACUGGGUGCUCCUGUUGCUACUACCGCUUCUACUACCACUGCUAUUGGCUGUUGCCAUAGGGCCUGUGAUGUGGAAGACCUUCAGGGGGAACCCCUGGCUUCAGCAGACAAAGAUGCCACAGGCCCUGGGAACCCAAAUUAGAACAAUCAUGCUUCCAGAAAGGCUAAUCUUCUGUUCUUCUCUCCUCUCCCCAAAUCAGAACUUCUCCGGACACAGACACUACAGGGCAACCUUUCAGCCUAGUGUCCCAGAGUGCGUGCACAACCUGAUCCUCUGUCCCCAAAAGGAACUGACCAAUAGGGUCAGGCUGACCUCUAGAGCCAGGGCCCCAGCCCCCGUCCAGGCCGGACCAGAGAAGGACAGCACUGAGGAGAAGGACGGUGAGGAGAACACAGAUGAAGAGGACACGGAUCCCAGUGUCAGCUUCCAGCCCUACAUUGAACCGCCCCCCUUCCUGGGGCAGGAACUCCAGAGUCCGGGGCCCACCGAGGCAGGAGGGCCCUGGACUCCGCUGGUCCAGGGGGAAGGCUCCUCUGCCUACGAUUCUUCAGGCAGAAGCUGGGCCAGCACUGCCGGCUCCUCCUCCUCCUGGGAUGAGGCUGGAUCCUCCGGCUAUUUGGCCAAGAAGGGGCCAGGCCAGGGGCUGCAUCGGGAGGAACACCAGAAGCCUCUCCCACCACCCAAAUUCUCCGAGGACUCCAGUUCCUCAGGAGAGCCCCCCAAAGACAACCUCUCCUCCUGGACCACCUGGGGCUUAUCAUCACCAGGGCUGAAUCUAGUCCCUGGAGAACCCCCGGUUUCUCUUCGGACACUGACCUUCUGCUGGGACAAUAGUCCUGAGGAUGUUGAGGGGGAGGAAGAAGAGGAGGAAGAGGGUUGGAGGGAGUCAGAAAGUGAGGACAGCAGUGCUGGCAGCUGCAGGGCUAAGAGCCUCCAGAGGACCGAGGUCAGACCCCUGGGGCAUUACUUGGCCAGGUGAGCUGUGCCUCCGAGUCUGGCUGCUGCUGAGUUUUCCAGGGACCCAAGGCGUCACCAAGACUUGAAAUCCUGGGAGUAUCGUUGCUGGGGCAGCAGACGGUCUUCAGAGUACCUCGGGGAACCCCAGCCAUUAGAGGCUGUCCACCAGGCUGAGCCAUCAGAAGCCACCUGCCCUCUGACCUGCCUGCUUUGUGCCAAGCACCAGGAGGGGUGGAGACGAGAAUGGGAGGAGGUCAGAGGUUGGUUGGGUGUCAGAUCACCCCACUGACCCUGGGGUGAUAGGCCAGCUGGAAAGAUUAUCUCCAGACAAUGUGAAAUGGGCAAGGUCAGGUCCCAGUGGACACUGAAAGCCGACAGUGCAAGGGCCCAUCCGGCUUUGGGGAGAGAAGGAAUUGCAGGCACAUCUGGUGGAGCAGAGACUCUCAUCUUUCUCCAGCAUCCGCUGGGCUUCCUCCUCCGCAGAACUCGGCCUUCUGGUUUAUGAGUUCCCUAGGGUGGGCCCCAGUGAAGAAAAAUCUAGUUGGCCAAGGGUGUUGGAGAGGCAGAGGAAGGGGAAGGGCGUCGUCAUUGAAAGCCCAGUCUCUGAGUCACGCGUUUCACAAUCUAUAAUAUCAGACAGACCUGGGUCCAGAUCCCAGCUCUGCCAUUUACCAGUUGUGUGGCGGAUGGGGAGACACCCUCCUCCUCUGUGCCUGAGUCUCCUCUCCAGCUACCACCUGGGGCGUGGUGAGAGUUCUGACAGACGCGUGAUGCCUGCCACAUCGUUGGCACUCACCACGUGGCGACCAGUAGGAUUCUCCCAUCCACCCAGGCUCUGGGGGGUGGGGGGACCACUGGGCAUCUCCCACCUGUGAUCCUAAACUCAGAGUGACUGGAUUCUCACUCCAAGUCUCCCACCUACCUCCCACCCUCACUGCCCCCCGCCUUGUGGUCAGGAAACUGAGUUCUCAAAAGCUGAAGCCCAGUCAAGGGGAUCCCUGGUCCCUCUCCCUUUUCGCGGCAAAGAAAGAACCAAAUGGUCCACUGUCUAGGGAGCCUGAUUAAUUGAUGGUGAAGAAGCAACCCAGCAGGGAAUUGGGCCCCCAAGCCUGUGAUCCCCAGCUUAGAACUUUAGACCCUUCAGUUGCCCAUUGUGGUUGUAAAGAUGUCCUAUUUCCCUUUCCAGUUUUGAGAAACCACUGUUUCUGGAAAUAGGUGACUGUUCUUCCCUGGGGGUAGUGAUGGAUGUUCUCAAACAACUGAUUUGGUAACCUAAUUUUGUCAGUUUUGUGGCCCUGCGGGAACCACAGAGAUCAGAACAAACCUUGGCUCUGCCAUUUCACCUGCCAGGACUUACACGUUUUUCCAGUGAUGCAAAAAGCAUCUUCAUAAGCUUUGUACCCACAGGGCUGUGCUGUUUAGAAGUCAGCAUAAAGGUAUAGCAUAGAGAGAAUGAUCUGGAAAAGCUUCUCAAACUUCCAGGGCUUCUCAAACUGUGUUCCCAAAAGACCCUGGGCUUCACAGGAGGAGUCUCAAUCUCAGGGGAAGCUAGAGCUUCCCCAGUUUCAACCAGAGCAACCUCCCUGGACCCCUCAUUUUUCUCCAGCACUCUCCAUGUGCAAUUGUGCUUGGGAGUCUCCACUGCUAAAGAAAAAGUUAACAAACCCCCUUUGAAGCUGCAAAUCCUGUCUUCUGUUUCAGAUGAGGAAGCAGAAAUGUUGACUUCACUAUAUAUAUCGCUAAGAGUGAGGUUGGGUCUCUGGCCCGCCAGGGCAACCCCGGUCCCUUUGGCCAAGUAAACAGUACGAAGGUCUCGGCAAGGGGCAUGGGGUUGCAGGGGCCUUCACCACUGCUGGGAGGCAUGCACGUGCCUGCACGCCCAGGCACACACACGUGCCUGUCUGCAGGGGUUUCUCUCCCAUGAGGCUUGUCUACAUCCAUCACUCAACACAGGAGAAGAAAAACAAGCUGUACCCGUGGCACUGGGGAAGGCUCAGGACCAGUUCCCAGGGAAAUACCCAGACCAAGCCCGGUGUCCUUUCUGGAACCUGUUGAGCUGCUUCGAGGAGGUAAUUCCAAGUCCCUAAAAGCUAUCGUCACAGUUGUCUUAGGCUGGUGUGAAGUAACUAACCACUGUAUUCUGAAACCUUGUGUGUUUUCUAAGUAUUUUUUUCAAAGUUUAAUUUCUGACAUAGGCUGAACCCUCCUUGAAUUCUAAAAGUCCAGCUCCUUCAUGGUCAUUAAGUUAUAAACAAAAAACUAUGGGCAGCAUUAGGAAAGAACAUGCUGGCCAAUAUUAUUAGUUAGGUGUACUCAGCACUGAACUGUUUACAAAGCCCUUUCAUAAACUCAAUGGCCAGGAACUGCAUAGCUUGAACUCCAAGGCCACAUGUGAAGAACAACGGGGGUGGAGCAGGUAAUGCCCUAAGUAAAAGUAAGAUUCCGAUUCUUUAGGGUACUGAGAAGUUUAUAUAUUGCUCUGAGAUAUUUGUAUUUAUUUCUAGCUUUAUUUUAUGUUUAUAUCAUAUUUAAAUAAUUUCCUAAUGCUUGUUGGGACCUACCCUAAACUGUUUAAAUAAAGAGCUCUAUUUUUAGAGAAAA